UACAACCGAACUGCCCCCGUUUUGAAAGGUUCAAUGGAAUAUCUCGAGGAUAUGGACAAUAGUUACACAUUCGAAAUGCAAACCGCGUACAGCCCACUUGGCAACAAUCAGUUCAACGAGUAUCCCAUGAGUUUGAAAAGGCAAAACGUUUGUGACUUCCUCAAUACGACCUACCGAGAGUAUCAACAGUAUUGGAAAGACGGAACCGAUUGGAUUCAGGUGGGCCCUGAGGGUUUAUGUCCCUGGCCUAAGGGCAUCUACACCUUCUACGAUUAUCUCUAUACGGACACCAUUCCCAUCCCACCGGUCAUUCCGUCGGGCUUGUGGCGGCAAACAAUCCUGUUCAAAGGACCAAAUCGGCAGAAAGCUGUAAUUCGGUUUUACACAAAAGUUUGGUACAGGUAGAA